AAUUUUUGAAGUUGAGUUGAAAUGGAUCUUAAAGUUCUGCUUUUGUUAUUCGGUCUUUUGACUGUUGCAACAUGUCAAGAUUGGUGUACCAUGCAAGGAUGUGCCACCAACAGCCACAUCGCUUGUAACCACAAUGGCCAAUUUCAUUCGAGAUGUAUUAGUCCUAGAGCAAUUACGUUUAGUGCUGCUCAAAGAAACCUUAUUCUCGAUACAUUCAACCGAAAUAGAAAUCAAAUAGCUGCAGGAGGUUUUCGCGUAUUUUUGCCAGCACGACGAAUGGCUAGAGUUACAUGGAAUGAUCAAUUGGCAUGGCUUGCAAGUUUGAAUGUCAGAUCAUGUCAAAUGCAAUUUCACUCGAGAUGUGUUAAUCCUAGAGAACUCUCAUUAACAUCUACUCAAAAAAACCUCAUUCUUGAUACGUUCAACCAAAAAAGAAAUCAAAUAGCUGCAGGAGGCUUUGGCGUAUUUUUGCCAGCAAAAAGAAUGGCUAGAGUUACAUGGAAUGAUCAAUUGGCAUGGCUUGCAAGUUUGAAUGUCAGAUCAUGUCAAAUGGCACACGACUCUUGCCGCAACACCCCUGAUUUCCGUUGGGCUGGUCAAAAUUUGGGGGCGUUUGCUAGAACUGGAAGUUUCCACACAACAGAAGAUGUUAUCAACACAGUCAUCAAAAUGUGGUCUGAUGAAUAUCAAUAUACACUUAUGUCUGAUAUAAACAAAUUCGAAUCGGGGGCACCAAGGGGACAAGUUAUUGGUCAUUUCACUGCAAUGGUAACUGACCGAACAACACAGAUUGGUUGUGCCAUUUCUCAAUAUGAGACUGUUAGUGGAUCUACCCGAUGGUUAUAUUCCUUGAUGGCAUGCAAUUUCGCUAAUACCAAUAUUUUGAGUUGUCCCGUGUAUAGAUCAGGCACAAGAGCUCAAGAAUGUACCCUUGGAGCUGACCCUCAAUUCCCAGGAUUGUGUCGUGCCAAUGAACCGAUUGAUCCAAAUCAAUUAAUUUGUUAGAUAUCAUGAUUAGACAUUUCAGUUCAUGAACACUUCUGGAAAAAUUAUAAAAACAUGAUUAUUUCACAUCAAAA